ACGUGAUCUCCUUUGAGAUACGAUAUGGAGACCAUUAAAGAUUUUGCAGUUAGUCUUGGCCAUAAUCUUUUGGAUUGGGAAGAUAGAAUUUUCUUUAUAUAAUUAAUUGAAUUAUCAAGUCUCACGUUAUUUUGACACGAGGCAUCUGAAAAGAAAGAGAAUUGUGGAUCUUAACCCCUUUUCUUAAUAAGAGGAUAUUUAUGAACGUACCUAGUAGGUUAUAUACUUCGCUCAAGGAAUCCCUUUGCCCGCCUCUAACAGAAACAUAAACUUUUUGAUCUAAUUGAAAGUUAUAUGGAAGGUCUUAAACCAUACAAUGCAGUAGUACGUCACGAACACGUCCUGCAGCCGGCGCAUGCCGUGUCGGUGCUACGGGACUCCGACUCUCCAGCCCUUACGUACCGGGUACAUAUGGGAUAUAAAAAGCAAGAUGACACGCCUUUCUCGAAGUCAAUCUAUUUCACUUUCCAUUCCGUAUCAAAUAACUCUAGGUUAACAUGUCCGUCACCAUUGGAAUUGCCGGGAUCACUGGGAAGUUCGCUCGCGAACUGACCUCAAUCCUCCUGAAAAAUCCACAUGUCGCUAUUAAGGGGUACUGCCGCGACCCUUCCAAAGUUCCACAGUCCUUUACUUCCAAGGUAUCACUGGUGAAGGGGGAUGCCUACGAUGAGCCCGCCAUCCGGUCCUUCGUCGCCGGGUGCGACGUAGUGGUCUGCUGCUACCUCGGCGAUCCGAAGUUGAUGGAAGACGGGCAGAAGCUCCUCAUCGAUGCCUGCGCUGCCGAAGGCGUUCCGCGCUAUGUCGCCUCUGACUGGUCCAUAGACUACACUAAACUCAAAUUGGGACAGUUGUUCCCUAAAGACCCCAUGAUUCGCGUCAAGGCGUACCUGGACGCGCAGGAUAAGGUCAAGGGUGUACACAUCUUGGUCGGCAUGUUCAUCGAUGGCUUCUUCGGCGCUCAUUUUAAUGUUUACGAUGCCGCUACCACCACGUUUAAGUACUGGGGCACGGGCGAUGAGAUCUGGGAGGGAACUACCUACCGGAACGCUGCCGAAUACACGGCUGCCAUCUGCUUAGACAAGGACGCUGUGGGCAUUCUCAAGCUUGUCGGCGGGCAAUCCACCUUCAAUGAGAUAGUCGCAUUGUUCGAACGAGUCUACGGUGUGAAGCCUAAGGUUGAUCGUCAAGGCUCGUUGGACGAUUUAUUCAAGCUCAUGAAUGAAAAAAGAGAAAAAGACCCCAAAAACAUUUUCUCAUACUUGUUCCUCUUCUUCCAAUACUAUAUGAUCGAAGGAACGACUGAUAUCGGACCUGAGCUUGACAAUGAUAGGUACCCCCAGGUGAAGCCUGUAAGCUGGGAAGACUACCUCAGAAUGGUGCCCAAGGAUCAGCUGCCUACUGCAAUCACUAAAGUCGGUCAGAAUGUUUAGGGGUACAGUGAGAAGGCUGAGCUAUGGGACUGGUAUUAUGUGUACACCUUGGUAUUUAACAUAUUAUCCACGUACCUAGGCAAUAUCCAUACCUUCCUCCUAGGUAGCUAUGCGAUGUUUCAUCAUAUACCACUGUGGCUUCGUCAAACCUCCAUAUCACACUACCUAUGUAUCAAAUCCUUUCAGACAAAUCUCCAAAGACAAGAUGCAAAUGCGCCCCAACCCAACACCGCAGAGCCAUCCAUCCAUUCCACCCACCCACCAAAAUCCCGCCCCAGACAAAAGCCCCCCAAACCUCCCCACCACACCACACUCAACACAACCUCAUCUCCCCCUCGCCCAAAACCUCGCCUUAACACCCGUCAUGAUCGCGAUAUACGUAAAGCUCUCCAUCGCCCGCACAUCAGGCCUCUCCACAAUCUGCACAUCGAACUCGCUGAGCAGGCGCGGGACCACCUUCGCGAGCAUCAGCUCCGCGAGGUUGCGCCCGGGACACGUGUGCGCGCCGCCGCCCCACGCGAGGCUGAGCCGGUCGAGCUGGCGCCACGCCUCGGGGCUCGCGAGCCAGCGCUCGGGCCUGUAGAGUUCGGCGUCGGCGCCGUAGAUAGAUGGGUUUACGUGUAGGGCUGGUACGUUUACGCCGACGGUUGUGCCUGGGGGGAAGGAGUGUCCGUGCAGCUGUAGGGGCGGGCCG